AAAGUCAUGGCGGCGGGCCCCUGCCCUUUUCAGCCUGACUCAGCGCCCAGCGGUUGCCACCAGGGGGCGUCAGGGCGCGCGCAUGCGCCCGAUCCGGCCUCCCGGCCAAUCAGAUGGCAGCGCUCGGAGCCGCGCCGACCUUGCGCCCUCACCUGGCAGCCAAUCACAGGUGGCAGCGGGCGCGCGUGCGGGGGAGCCGGCGGAGUCUGCGGCGCCCGGGGCGCGGAGGAGGCGUCGUCCCCUCGGGCCUCGCCGGGGGGGCGUCUCGGGCCCGAUGAGCUGCAGGCAACUACGGGACGGCGGCGGACCGGGACGGUGGAAGUUUAUAUAAAGGAAGCACUGGGACUUGUGACCACACCCUUCAAGAGUAAAAAGAAAUUAUAAAAUGGAGCAACCGUGUAUGUUAUAUGAGGAAGGACGAGAGCCAGAGCCGGAGAAGAGCAUCAAAGAGACCAAACAAGUAGGUGAUGAAGAUGCUGAACUGAUCUUUGUUGGGGUGGAACAUGUAAACAGAGAUGCUGAACUGAUCUUUGUUGGGGUGACUUCAAAUUCAAAACCAGUCGUUUCAAAUAUUUUGAACAGAGUCACCCCAGGUUCGUGUUCAAGGAGAAAAAGGUUUGGUCAUCUCAGAAAAGAUGCUGCUUGCAAUUUGCAGCCUUUUCAUCGUGUGACCCCUACACCAGCUGCAGUGAAUGUCUUGCCAGUUUCUGAAUCUGACUCAAGAUCAACAUAUAGUCCUGUUAUUAUUGAGCCUUUGUCUAAAGCUGAUUGCAAAAAUAAUUCACCGCGAGUCGUGCCUGAUAGCUGUGCAGAGUCAUGUUCUCCUGUGGUCACUUUCACGAGUUCACUGCAGCACCCGGAGGGAUUAGCACUUUCUGAGGGAGGUACGAAUAAAAGUCCUUCCAUAUCAAAGCGACUUUCCACUUCUAAAGUAAACACUGUAAAUCCCAAAAGGCCUGAGCUCAGUGAUGGAGUCACAGAGGGAUAUAUUUCAGCAUUGCCUCCUGCAGGCGUCUUUCAUACAGUGACUACUCAGCAAAGCACACCCUCAAGCCUUGUUCAUACUUCAUUAAGCCAUGUUCAGGAUGGAGCAUCUUCUCCAACAGCUUUUCCAAAGGACAGUGUCCAUUUCAGGUCUGUAAAUCCUGGUGGGGAAAAUAAACUGGCCAAAACAGACUUACUGGGUCUAGCAAGUCAAAAUAAGACUGUUGAUCCCAACAAAGGAACUCUGAUUGUGUCACUUCGUGACUUUUACUACGGACAGCAUAAAGGAGAUGGGCAGCCUGAAAAGAAGACUCAUACAACUUUCAAAUGCCUCAGGUGCUUGAAAGUUCUAAAAAAUGUCAAGUUUAUGAAUCAUAUGAAACAUCAUUUGGAACUUGAGAAGCAGAGGAGUGACAGCUGGGAAGUCCACACCACCUGCCACCACUGCCACCGGCAGUUUCCCACUCCCUUCCAAUUGCAGUGUCACACUGAAAGAGUACACACUACCCAGGAGCUCUCCAUUGUCUGUAAAAUUUGUGAGUUGUCAUUCGAAACAGAUCAGGUUCUCUUAGAACACAUGAAGGACAAUCAUAAGCCUGGUGAAAUGCCCUAUGUGUGCCAGGUUUGCAAUUACAGGUCAUCGGCCUUUGCCGAUGUGGACACACAUUUCAGAACAUGCCAUGAAAACACUAAGAAUUUGCUUUGUCCGUUUUGUCUCAAAAUUUUCAAAACUGCAACACCGUACAUGUGUCAUUAUAAAGGACACUGGGAAAAGAGUGUUCACCAGUGUUCCAAAUGCCGGCUACAGUUUUUAACUUUCAAAGAGAAAAUGGAACACAAGACCCAGUGUCAUCAAAUGUUUAAGAAACCUCAGCAACUAGAAGGUUUGCCUCCUGAAACAAAAGUUGUUAUUCAAGUGUCACUGGGUCCUCUGCGACCAGGAUCAGUGGAAGUAGCAUCCAUUACUGUGAGCACAUCUGAUUCUGAACCAUCACCUCCCAGGUCUAAAAGUAGAGUUUCAAAAAACUCAUAUUAAUUCUAGUUUCAGGAAUUCUAUAGCAAGUAUUUCAAAGUCAAAAACCCCAUAAAAACAAAAAAUACAAACCAUACAUUAUUCAGUAGCAUCAAAAAUAGUGAAACUAUUGGGUCAUUUAUGAAUUUUUAAAAAUUGAAACACAAUACUGUUUGAUCUGAAUUUUGUGAUGCUAUUUAAAAAUAUACUACCUAGUUUUUAUGUAAUUGUAUCUGGCUUAACACAUAAAAGGUGUGUGUGUGUGUGUGUGUGUGUGUGUGUGUGUGUGUGUGUGUGUGUGUAUGUGAGAGAGAGAGGGAGAGAAAAAGUGGAAACCUAUUAUUUUGGUAUUUCAUGUUACUUGUAAAUUUGAAAGCUCUUCCUUCUAUAUAUAGCAUCCAUAGAAUUUUUUAAGUCCUUAAUUUUAUUUUCAACUUUUUUACAUGCCUCAAAGAUUUCAAAAUUAACUUUAGUCAGACUGGAAUGGCUUUGUUACGGUGUGGUCUCACUUGCUGCUGAACUUCCAGAAGUGCCUCUGUUGUACUGGUCUAGAAUAGUCUGGCUCUGAAAGCCUGGGUGUGGUUUGGAAGUUGAGGGGGAAGCUGUGCAUGAAUGGGAACCAGAAACUGGACGGUCCUCGGUGGAGAACAGUGGUUCCUUGUGUCAGUUGAGGGAGAGGCACACAUUCACCUUAGACUUGGAGCCAAGGCAGAAGGAAAACUGUCUCAGAGUUUUUCUGCCUAAUCCAAGAACAUCCGAGGAAGCAAAACCAUCAAAAUGCCUAUGUUUGUCUGAGGCGUCCCUACAGACAUUAAACAGGUGGUAUCUGUCCAGGUGCUGAACUGGACUAAGUUUAAUUCUCUUACUUUUAAGAUGGAAUGGCACUUGUCCAUGAAAAGUCAGUACAGUGGAUAAAAGUAGCCCAGAGCAACUGAUUGGGCUUUUAUUUAUGUUCUGUGUAUAUGUAUCUUAUCCUAAUUGAACAUGUGAAAUUUGCAAUUUUGUGUCUUGCCUGGGACAUGAAUGUAUUAAUAGUUUUUCUCACGUUGUGUGUAUAAUUUCCCAUCUUAGCAAGUUAAUAUUGACACACUCUUAUGCACAAGAAAUGUCCCAUUUAUUCCAAUAAGUAUUAGGUCUUUAGAGUUACUGUCCUUCAUCUAUCUGACUAGCCCGUGACUAUGUUAUGGUGGGACCUUACCCCUUGCCGUCAUCUCCAAGAGCUCUCUCACAGAACAGUGAGGUACCCUGGGUAUUGGUGCCUGAGCGUCAGUGGUCUUGGCUGCUUCUGUGGGUUCCCAGGGUUGAGUCUCCCUAGUUUUAGUGCCAUCUCUUCUUCCUCCACCUUGGCCCAGGUACCUAGCAGCCUCCGCGUACCACUCACGGAAUCUGUGAUCCUGGCUGUAGCCCUAAACCAGGAGAAAUCUCUCCUUUUUUCUCUAGCUUUCUCCUCCUCUUCCUUAAAGGCACCUUAUCUUUCACUGCUCCUUUCUUCCCUCCUCAAUCUAGUUAAAUUCCCUAAGCUUUCAUAAAAAGCUGGGGAGUGCUAGUCACCAAGGGCUUAGUUUCCCAUUUAGAACUGGGGAGGAAGCACUACAGGUAACAAAGUAGCUGUGAGUAUAUUGUUUAUGUUUUUGAGAGUUUUACCUUGUGUAUAUUCUGUUGUAUUUAUUUGCAAAAUGCUUGACUGAAUGAUUGAUUGCACUUUGAACAUUUUACUAGGCCUUUUCAGUUAGUUUGCUUGGGCCAUUGCACUUUGCUAAAUACCAGCCUGAACCCCCUUUCUUCACGUGUAGAAAGCCUGUGUGUGUGUGUGUACGUGUUCCACUUGUUCUGGUCUCAGGUGGGAUUUUCUAUGUAUAAACAGAUGUGUAGGCUUUUGCAAACUUACCUCCCUUAAUUCUGUUUCUUUGGUAAAAAUAUGUUUUAGUACUUUGUUUUUGUGGUUGCAUAGUAAUACCAAAAUUGUUAUUACUGUUUGCUAUUUCACUAAAGUAUGCUCCUAAGGAGUACAGUUUGUUAUUUAUUGCCAACUGUAGGUUCCGGUGAUAGGUCCCUCUCUACCUCCUCUCUCUCCCAUUCGCAGCACUGCCACCGCUCCAUUUUCCCACUGGUGUACAUUCCUGACACACUGGCCUCACUCUUCUUCAAGCGAAUCGCAUUUCUUCCCGUCCAAAGACUUUGCAGCUGCUCUUCCUCUUAGAAUGCUCUUCCCUAGGCCUGCAUGGCUUGCUACCUCGCUCUUAACACUUUCAUUUAUUGAGCUUUACUGAUGUUCUUAAAAUGAAACCGACAAUGAGAUCCUCCUCACCCUGCUCCCCUUUUUCCUGCUCACCCCUUAAAGGCACUUUAAGCCUCCCCACUCCUUACUUCUCUCUCCAAUCUAGUUAAAUUUCCUAGGGUUUCACAAAAAGCUGGGAAGAGAAGUUUUCAAGGGCUUUGCUGCUCCCUUAGAUUGAGCUAGCUUGCAUCAAUUUCUGUGCCUGCAACCAAAAGAAAAUGAAUAUAGUGAGUUGAGUUCUUUCAGGAGCUUUCUCUGUUAUAUCGAUACCUCUCUAUUUUUUUAAGGCAAUGUCACUUUGUUUUGUUUACAAAUAUAUUGAAUAUCUGUCAAGAUUACUAUUUUGUUAUUGCUCUUUGUGAAUUUCCUUGUCUAUUUUGCUUGCUUGUAUUUUGAGAUAAAAUUUAUUUUAUUAAUGUUGCCAAAAUUUGUAAGUAAAAUAGUGAUUAUAGUAAUAAAAUGUGUU